AUGGCGGCGAAAUCCGAUGGCGGCGGCGUGGGGGUGGGCUUCGCCCAACUGCACAACCUGGACGAGGCGGUGGGCAGCGGCGGCGAGGAGGACGGGGAGCCUGGGGGAGGCGGCUGCGGCGGCGGAGACGGCAGCGACCCCGGCGAGAGCAGCUCCCUCCACAUCUGCCACUGCUGCAACACCUCCUCGUGCUACUGGGGCUGCCGCUCCGCCUGCCUGCGCUCCCUCUUGGGCAAGAAGCCGCGCCGCAGCGCCGCCGCCGCCGACGGGGGGGACCAGCCGCUCCAGCCGCCGGCGGACGCCGCGCGCCCCCAACCGACGCCCCCCGCCGGCGCCGCGCGCCCCCAGCCCCUGCCGCCGCCGCAGGUGGAGCGGCCGUGGCUCGACUGCCUGUGGAUCGUGCUGGCGCUGCUAGUGUUCUUCGGGGACGUGGGCACCGACCUGUGGCUGGCCCUCGACUACUACGGCAAGGGGGACUACGGCUGGUUCGGGCUGACGCUUUUUUUCGUGCUGGUGCCGUCGCUGCUGGUGCAGAGCCUCAGCUUCCGCUGGUUCGUCCAGGACUACACGGGCGGAGGGCUGGGUGCCGUGGAGGGGCUCAGCAGCCGGGGCCCCCCCAUGAUGGGGGCCGGUUACGGCCACGGGGCGGCCCGCGGGGGCGGCGGCCCCGGCGUGGGGGGAGGCUCGGCCACGCCGGGGGCCCAGCGCUUGUGCCGCCUCUCGGUGUGGAUCUGGCAGUCGGUCAUCCACCUGCUGCAGAUGGGGCAGGUGUGGAGCUUUAAGAGAAAGACAUGAGGCCUAAGACUGAAAUGAGGUUGUUUUGAGGUCAUCUGAUUUCUGACUAGAAGGUGUGAGAUCUCAUCGUCCUGAAACUACUUCAAACAGAAUGGUUUGCAAAUUUUUUUGGUGGUGGCAUGUUCAGAAUCUUGGAUCCUUAUGUUGAAUGUAUUGGAAAAUGUUAAUGAUAUUUAGAAAUCCUGAAAAUAAUUUUAUGUAUGUUUUAUUUGUUUAUAUAUAGGUAAACCAGUAGCUUUAAUAAAAUCUUAACAAAAAAAGGAAAAGAUACUACAAUUUUGUAAGUUCAUGGUGUUGAUAAACUAUCACAUGCAUGUAGAAAUUGCAUAUAAUUGUUUUAUAGAAGCUUAUCAAUCUAGUCUUUAUGAUUCCUUCCUUUGUUCUUCCCCAGCCUCUGUUUGUAACCCUUAUUUUUCUGUUUACUUGGCCUCCUUUCUUCUUUAUACUUUCCUUGUAGGUCAUCUGAAUCAAAGAUAAUUGGUGAGAAAAUAAAUCAGAAAAUGACGGUCUCAGAGUUCAAUUUCAGCUAGAAAACUGCUUCAGAAAUAGAAUUUGCAUUAGCAUAUUGAGACUACCCAAACUACAUCCAAAAACACUUAACACCAAAUUGCAUCUAACUUUCAGAUCAUCCUUGAUCAUGUUAGAAGAACAGGAUGAACAAGAUAAAAAAUUGAAUUCUCAAUUUCACUUUCUCUCUUAGUUCAUCUUCAGAUGGAUUGGUCAAUGAAAAGUAAAAUGACCAAAAGGAGAGUAAAAUUGAAGUAAAAAAAUGAAUUAAAAAUUGAAGGUAAUAUCUAAAGAUUAAAUUAUGACUCUGAAUGAAGAAUUGGCUGGUUUCAUGCUUUUUGAGGAGGCCAUUAAUGGGAGGUCUCAGUCAUUUUUUAAGUAGCCCAUCAAAAUGUGGAGCAAGGUAAUUCUGAAAUUACAUGAAAGGGAUUAACAAAGUUCAGUGAUAUUUAGGAAAUACUGUGAGUGGUGGUCACGCAAAUUAUUAAGCAUAUUUGUCUGUCUUGGGAGUUCCUUUGGUCAUAAAAGAUGUUAGAAAGCAAAAUGAUUUAUUCUUUACAGGAACUAUGAAUACGUUUGUUCUUGUUCGCUUCAAUGGAAAAGAUUUUUUUAAAAGAAAAAUGUCCAGAAGAAACGCAAUCAAUUAACAGUCGUUUUUAUUAUGUGCCACCUUUGUGCCCUACACUUUGUUAGGCUCUGGGAUUUCAACAACAAAAAGGAAAAAGGUCUCUAGUCACUAAGAGUUUAUAUUCAAGUGGGAAACAACAGGUACAUCUACAAGUAUACAUAAACUAAACAUAAAUAAAAAGUCUGGAAAUCUAUGGUACUUAAGUUUAAAGGAAAUCAGGUUCCAUUAACUUGAGGAAGAAUCUUCCAAAUAUGGAGUGACCCAUGAAAAAGCAAAGUGAUGAUAGAAUGUAACUUGUGAGUAACAGAGGGCGGCACUUUGGCUGGAUUGCAACUUGUGGGAGAGGCAAUAAUGUACAAUGAUCUUGGAAAAAUAGGCUGCAGCUAGUUAAGUUAAAGCUACUUGUAAAUGCUGAACUGAAGAAUUUAUAUUUUCUCCCAGAUGCAAUAAGAAGGGACUAGUUUAUUGAAUAGGGGAGUGAUGUGGGGGAAAAAAAUGCAAGGAAUUAGUGUAGUACAAAUUUUUAAAAUUUAUUGCUUUAAAAAAAUUUGGACCUGGAUCUGAGGUCUCCUUUCUGGAGAAUAUGCAGUGUAGUAAUGCCUUUCAGCAGUCUAGCCAAAUAUGUUAUCUGUAACCUACUGUGGGGUAGUAAGAGGUUAAAUGACUUGUCCAGUCCUUAAGCCGUAUGUGUCAAGAGACUAGACUUGAGCCAAGACUUUACUGACUUGGAAACUAACUCAUCUGCUUUGCCACACUUCUUAUCUUCUAGUUUGUGUGUAGCAAUUAAUAUAUUUCUUUAAAAACAUCUUCCUAGUCAAGUUUAAGAACAAAAUCACACAUAUCUUUUUCUCAGAGGAAAUGGUUCUGUAAUAUUAUACAUGGAAUUACUAAGCUUUCUCUUGUCAGUAAUGCCAGGACAAGAAAAACAUUUUAAGACUUCACAUUAGUUAGGAAUUCAUGUUUAAGGAAUUAUGAAUGGUUUUUUCCUUUUCAGAAACAAACAAAAAUUACCCUCAGUAUGUUUUUAUUUUCCUAAAUUGGUUUAUAGGAUAAUAUAUCUUAUUGAAACUAUAAAAUUGUCUCUUUUAAAAUUGUCACAGUUAGUAGACAUGAUGUUGUUGGGGCCUAAAGGAAUAUGGCAUAUUGAUAAAAAGAAUGAAGUCAAUUAAAAAAAAAAAAAGAUUUCCUGUCAAAUUAAUUUAAAGUCCCUUGGUUUCCAAAGGAUGAGAGUACAAAUAAAGAGACACUGUAGAAAGGAAACACAUUUUUAGAGCAAAGAAUGCUUGUAAACUGCUCCAUGGAUACAUAAGUAUGGGUAAUCUUUGGAAAUGUUAAAUAUAUACUGGUAGUAUGCUUUAUUCUUAUACAAGGAUUAGGUUCAAGGUUACUUCAUGUAAAGGUCUUUAUUAAAUGUACCUAUUAUUUGAGACAGCAUUAGUGUGAAUAAUGUAGUAUUACCGGUUUGACUGCUAAAGAAUAAUAAAAUAUGACUGUAUACAGUAAAAUAAUGCUGAAAGCAUGAAUCAGGAUGAUAUGCAUCAGUCGCUUUCUCAACAUAUCUGUUACAUUCCAUUUGGAAAAUCUAGUUUGUUUUGUUGAUAACUGUUAUAAAGAAAAAGUAGCAACUGGAUACUUGUUUCAUGCAGAUUUUACCUUUUUACCUUAGUUGAAUUCACCUGAAGUUUAGGAUAAUUAUGUAAGAAAAAAAAACUGAAUAGCAAGUUUUAUUUUCAUUUUUAAGAUAGCACUCCUCUUUUUUAUUGAACAUACAAAAUGUUAUCCACUGAUGCUGUUCUACUUUUGUGUUUUAGGGUGGCUGGCAAAAUAUUACCCAUCAAAUUUGCUCUCUUUCAUGAUUUUUACUUGUUUUAUUACCCUCAGUUAUAAAGUUCAUGAGAGAAGAGGAGUGUGGGACUGGGAAGAUUAUUUCAAUAUAAUUAUUUUCUUUUAUGAUUUUAUGCAUACAUUAUUCUGAGAAGGGAUCCAUAGGCUUCUGAAACUGCCAAACUGCUUUAUGAUGCAGAGUUGAAAAAGCUGGGAUCUAGUUUAUAGAAGAAACUAAGACUCAGAACUGUUAAGAAUUUCCUCAAGGGAAAACAGUAUCUAGAGCCUGGGAAUGUUGGCUUAAAGUCCAGUCGAUAUUCUUUUCUAUUACACUGUGUUGCUCUUGAUACUUAUAUUUAGUUUUCCCAGUUGGGACAUUAUAAAGAUUAAAGCAGUAAUAUAUGUAUUAAUCUUUUUAAGCAUCCUGGGAAGAAAUAAUCUGGUUCUGUUGUUGUUUGUUUUUUAUUUAAAUCCAUUGUGAUCACCAAAUGUCAUUAAUUAGAAGGGAAUUGAGAAGUUACCUAUUUUAAUCUGUGCUGAGCAAGAACUCCCACUUUUAGAAGUCGUCAUCUCAUUUCUAUUUGGAGAGAUCUUCUGUGAUUUGGAACCCACUAUUCAUCAAGUAUUCCAUUAGGGAACUUGUAUUGUUAAAAAGUUUCAUGGAACAAAAAAAAAAUCUGUGUUGAACUCCCUUCUGGGACCAAAGCAUGUUUGAUUUACUUUCUCAGAAGAAUUCUUGACUGUUUUUAAGAAGAAUGUCAAGUAACCCCAAGCCUUCUUUCCUUCAGGCUGAACAUCAUCAGUUUUUUGGACUGGACCUUCUACCUUGUAAUUAUGUACCCUCACCAUCUUGUUCUCCUUCCUCUGAAUAUUUUCCAUUUUCAGUAAUUUAAUAAAACGAUCUAGGAAUGGAAGAUUCUACUCCAGAUAAUCUAACUUCUGCAGUAUAUAAAUGUACUUUGGACUUGGGGUCAGAAGGACUUGAGGUCAAAUUUGAUCUCAGACACUAAUUGUAUGACUUUGCUACAGUUUACUCAUCUAUAAAGAGUGGACGCCAAUAACCCCUACCUCUUCCUAUUGAUAUUUCACCCAGACUUAAAACCUGCAAACAUUCUUUGACUUCUCCCUUUUUCUUACUUCUCACAUCUCAUUAACUUGCCAAGUCCUAUCUAUUCUACCUUCACAAUAUCUCUUGAACCCAACGAUCUUUGUUCAGCUCCAUCAUAUCUCAUUUAGAUAGUUAGAGUAGUCUCCUAACUUUUUUCCUUUCCUUCAAUCUCUCCUCACUGCAAUCCAUAAUUUUUUAGGAUGAAACAAGAUGAAAUCAAGAAAUACUGGUAACUGGCUCCCACCUUAACUUUAAAGGGAUCCAGGAAUCCUGAAGGAUUCCAGAACGUAGGAGGGAGAGGAGGCAAGGCAUUCCAAGGAUGUUAUGAACAAUAAAUAGGCCAAUUUUGAAUGGAAUAAAGAGUGUAUGUCAGAGGAAAUAAUAGGAAAUGUCUAGAAAGAUAGGCUAAACUUAGUUUGAAAAGUGUAUUCUAUCCUUAAGGUAAUAGCCCUUGAAAUUUAUAAUAUGUCAGUAUACAUAGUUGGUCCCCAUGGGUCUAAAAUUAGGAACACCUGAAUUCAGAUAUGGCCUCAGACACUUAUUAGCUGUGUGAAAGGCACACAAAUUAGCUCAGGGCAUAUUAUUUGUGUCCUGGGCCGAUGAAAAGCAGUACAUAAAAGUUAUCAGUAUUACUAUUAUAUGAGUAGAUCACUGUUUUAGAGAAGUAGCAGUUUGGCCCACAAUGUAGAAGAUGCAAUAGAGAGGGAAAGACUAGUAGGGAGAUGAGUUAGGAGAGACUCUUCACAAUAGUCCAGACCACAGAUUAUGAAGACUUGAACUAGGAUGGUGAUUAUAGAUCCAGUGACAUGGCAGCUGAUUGACUUCUGGCUGGAGUGAAGGAUAAUGAAUAAUCAAGCAGAGAUUGACUGCAAAAUUGCAAACCUAGGUGACUUGAAGUGAUAGUGGUAUUCUUAACAGAAAUAAAGUAGUUUUAAGGAGGAAAAAUAGUUUGUUUUUGACAUAUUGAAUUGGAGUUGCAUCAUGAUAGAGAUAGACCCCAAGCAAUUAGCAAUUCAUAGCUAGGUUUAUGGAGUUCUAAUGAGAUCCCCAGGGGAGUGUGAAUAGAGGAGGAGCUAGAAGAGAUACUAUAUAAAUGAAGUUAUUAGGAAUUUCAGCAGUAUUUUUUUUUCCUCUUUUCAUGAGAUUUGGUCAAUAUUACUUUUGUAUUAUGUAUAAAGUAGGCAUUUCCUAGGUUAUUUUGGAAAUUAUUUACCACAUUGUUUCUAUUAAGAAAAAGAAUUUUGAGUUCCAAAAAAUUGACUGAAAAAAUAAGGCUUUGUAACAAAACUAAUCUAUUAGUUUCAAGUUUAAUGUAUGGUAACUCUUAGUUAUUAAAAUAAUAAAUUUUGUUUUAGUCAUUCUUUUAUAAAUCUAACUUUGCUGGAGAAGAAAUCCUAUCCUCCUUUUUUAUGUUUCUCAGGCUAAGAAAACAAAAGUCUGGGGCACGUACAUCUCGUACUGCUUCAAAAAGUGGUUUAGGAAAAAGUAAACAAGUGUGGAAAACUGAGAAGCAGCCUCAAGGUAGAAUACCUAGUACAAUUUUUAUAAGUUGAAAAAUAAAUGUGAUCUCUAUGGCUUAAUUUGGAGAUUAUAGAAUUUCCUAUCUGUCUUAUACUAUCCUAUCUAGCCUAUAUCUUCACUGAUGCUGGAUUAUUGGACUGAUUCUUGGAACUGGAAGCAUUUUAAAAUUACAGUGUCUUGUUUGUACAUUUGUAUAUGUUUGAUAAUAGGUUAAAGAAAACUUUGAUUUUAUUGCUUCCUUUGUUUUAGCAUUCCUUUCAAGAUUGAUUAUUACUGGAUAGUUGAUUAACUAUUUUAGUUUCAUUUUUUACUGCCUUUACCGCUACUACUGAAUCACCAAAUCUGAAACUAAUUUAAUGUUAUAGGACUAAAAAUGUUUGCAAGAGAUUAUUACAUAGUAACACAAAAACAUUUGUGUAGUUUUUGAUAUUCAUUUUCUCAUUUAAUCCUCAUAACAACAACUCUGAGGUGGGUAGGACAUAUACAUUUUUUUCUCUCUCUCCUUCCCUACCUUCUUCUGUCUUUCUCUGUGUGUGUCUUUUUCUCAAAAGAUAAAAUGAGGCUUAGAAAAGAUAAGCAAGUAGUAGAAGUUUAAGUGGCAAAACUAGGGCUAACCUGUUCUCAUUUUAGUGUACACUAAAUAUAUCAUCAUUGUAACAUGGUAACUCGAAAAAGACAAUGUUCUUCUAGGCAUUGUUAAGAGAAUAUCUUCUUUUUUGCUCCCACCACACUGUGCUUGAUUUUAGUUAAUAAUAACAACUUAUAUUUACAUAUGCAGUACAUACCGUAUAUACAGUAUAUAUACUGUAUACUAUAUAAAGAGAUUAUGUGGCUUGCCUGUGGUCAUAUAGGUAGGCAGUGUCUGAGGCUGAUUUGAAUUCAGGUGGUCUUUACUCCAGAUCUCUCACACUAUCUACUAUACUACCUAGCCACCCAAUAAAAGAUAAAGUACCUUUUAUGGAAGACAUUGAAAAGGUGUCUCAGCAGAGUUGUUUCUUAACCUGGGAUGCUUGGAAUCCCUGUCCCACUGUUGCCUCCGCCCUGUGUCCAUUGAUGGAAAUGGCUUCUAUGAACUUUUUUUCCCCUUAUAUUUUGAUAACUAUUUCAAUAUAAUUGGUUUUCUUUGUGUGGUUUUUGUGUAUUUAAUAUCUAUUUAAUAUCCAUUUACAAAAGUUAUUCUGAGAAGGGGUCUAUAGACAUCACUAUUUGUCAGAAGGGAAGCUCUGUCAAGAAGAAUAGCAUGUUUGAACUGAUGCUGAGUGAAUGAGCAGGACCAGGAGAUCAUUAUAUACUUCAACAACAAUACUAUAAGAUGAUCAAUUCUGAUGGACAUGGCUAUCUCCAGCAAUGAGAUGAACCAAAUCAGUUCCAAUAGAGUAGUAAUGAAUUGAACCAGCUACACCCAGCGAAAGAACUCUGGGAGAUGACUAUGAAUCAUUACAUAGAAUUCCCAAUUCCUAUAUUUUUGUCUGCCUGCAUUUUUGAUUUCCUUCAUAGGCUAAUUGUACGCUAUUUUAAAGUCUGAUUCUUUUUGUACAGCAAAAUAACCAUUAGGACAUGUAUACUUAUUGUAGUUAAGUUAUACUUUAACAUAUUUAACAUGUAUUGGUCCACCUGCCAUCGGAUGGAGGGAUAGGGGAAAGGAGGGGAAAAAUUGGAACAAAAGGUUUUGCAAUUGUCAAUGCUAUAAAAUUACCCAUGCAUAUAAAAGCUAUUUUUAAAAAAUAGCAUGUUAAAUUCUUAAAGGAGACUUGGUUCGAUAAUUGUCUUCAGCUAUUUGAUAUUGUCAUAUGGAUAGAUUAGAAUUGUUCUGCUUUGUUCCAGAGGGUAAGACCAGGAGUAAUGGGUGAAAGUGGCAGAAAAGGAAAUAUCAGUUGGAUUUAAGGAGAAUUUUCUAACAAAUCUCUCAGAAAGGGGAGUUGGCCUUCUUGCUGACUAGAGUAUUCCCACUCUGGAGAUUUUCAAAUGGAGACUGGGGUAAUCCUUUAGUAAUAAUGUAGAGAGGAUUAUGGGAAAGGCAUAGCAUAGACUAGAUUCUUUGGGGCUUAUUGUAUUUCUAUAAUUACAUACACACAUGUACACACAUAUACAGGCACCCUCUUCAUAUUUUCCAGACCAAAAGUUUUCGAUAAAGGAAAUUUCUCCUGUACAUUCUGCUAAAAACUCUCAUGUGCUCUCCCUCCCCCUCCUCCUCUCUUUCAAGUGGGACUGUUUUAAAGUUGUGCCAACUGUACUACACUGACAGAUAAAGAUUAACCAGAUUACUUACAGAAUGAACCAUUGGUUUCUAUUGUCAUUUUCACAGCUUGGGUAUUUUAUUUUGUUAGUCAAUUUGGGCAUUCGUAAGCAUUUUUUCAAACAUUUCUGAUUGUAAUUUUACUUAAUUUUGUCAACCUCAAAUAUUUUAGGAAUGUGUCUUGUUUUUAUUAAUCUAGGAAAUCAGAUUCUGAUAAUGUAGAAUGCAUUUUAUAAUUCAGUUAAUAGAUUUGUUAUAAAUCAUUAUUAUUAUUUUGCUCUGUCCUCUUUCAGAUUCUUAAAAGUAUUUUCUGAUGUGUCAUUAAGACAUUUUCAAGUUUGGAAAAAAAAUGUUUUCUAACCAUAUUGUUGACAUAGGAUAGUUUUGUUUAGCUUAUUACUUUAACUACCAGAAGAAAACUUCUUUUCAAAUGUAAAUGUUGUGUCUUGAGGGGAUAUAAUAGUCUCCACAUUGGACUCCUGUUCAUCCUUAUGUACUAUUCAUUAGGAUUCAUUUACAAAGAACAACUCAAGCUAGAAGACUAUUGCUGAAAAAUCAAGACUCCUGAAGAAAUCACACCUUGAAUUAUUGGACUUACUAGAGAGAAGAAUAUCAGCAGAAUAACAAAAUUAGAAUUUUGAAGAUAACUUAAGGAUCCUUAAAAUAUCAUCCUAGGUGACAGUACUCCAAGAGAUAAUAGGCGACUCUUUGUUUAGAAGAAUAAAGAAACUUUGGUAAAGGUUGGUUAAUCUGUGAAUAAAUAAAUGUCAUCAAUUUAAACACGAAAUUUCAGGUUGAAACCAUUCUCUGUCUUAAUAAUUUAGAUGUUUUCUCUUUUUUUUUCUUGAUCCAUCUGAUUUCAUAAAACUCUAUAAUUCAAAAACAGUUCAAUCCUGGUCUCCAAAACUUAACAAAAAAAGAUGUCAUGGAGUCUGCUUUAUGCUUUCUUCACUAAUUAGAGGUGAGGGAAGAGAUAUAAAGGAAACAUUGUUAGAAUAAUCCAAGAUGUCUCUUAACUCUGAAAAUAAUUUUUUCAAAAAAAUUUUGAAAAUGCUUUUUAAAUAUCUUUGAAGUUGAAGUGUUAUUUUCCAAAAUGAGAGAGACUAUGACAUAGCUCAUUUGUCCUCAGCCUCAAUAUUUUUAUUAUAGAAGAAAGGUGGAAAUUCUAGUGCAAAGGCCUCUAAAAUUCUUUAAAUUCCUGACUUUUUCAGCUGAUCUCCCUAGGUUCUUAAUUAUAUCCAUGAUACUUUACAAAAAUCUUUAUUUUAAAGUUCUCCAUAUCUACCUAUAGGCAGUUGAGGAAUAGAAUAGCCUCUCAUCUUCUGUCACUUUUGGAUUUGUACUCUUCUCUUGAAUGAUGAUGAUAAUACCUGACACAUUUAUAUGGACUUUAAAGUAAGAACAAAAUACUUGAUUUUUUCAUCUAAUCUUCAAAAUGGUAAUGUGAAAUGAAUACCUACUUGUAUUACCUUCAUUUUGCAGAUGAGGAAGUUGAGGCUUAGCAUUAUUAAGUGACUUGUUUCCAUGGUCAUGCCAGAAACAGGAUUUUAAACCAGAGACAACUUAUUCCUUCACUAGCAUUCUUUCUAAUAUAUGACUCUAACUUCUUUCCCACAUUUACCCCUAAACCCCCUCCCCCCAAUUCUUUUUCUCCCUUCCACUUUACCAACAUUUCUAAUCCUUAAGAGUUAUAGUGAAUUGUCAGUUAUUUUUCCUCCUGAUUUGGUACUCAUCACAUCUCUUUACCUUAUUCCUUUGGUGUAUUCAGCCUCUAUUCCUUUUAUUUAUGAAUGGACUUGGAAUAGGAAUAGAUGGCAAAAUUGAGAAUAAUGAGCAGCUGUGAGAAAUCACAAUAUUAUCUGUAAAAUCACCAAAAAAAAAUUCUUUAAAGGCAUGAUUUUUUAUUUCUUCCUAUUCUUCAUCUCCCUCACCCCCACUGACUGUUCUUUUAAUUCUAGGUAUGAUAUAUAGAUCACGUGAUGAACUAGAGUUGGUCGGAUGUUCUCUCUGUUGACUACAAUGUCAAUAAAGUUUUGAAAUCAAUUUCAGUUUUUAGAAUUUGUGUUUUAAAAAUCUUUCUCCAGAAUUUAGAUGAGCCACUUGUGAAAAUUAAGCAUUGAUUAUACACAUAUGUGUCACUUUGUAUAUUCUUUAUGUUUACAAAAAUGUGAACUUAUAAAAAAAAGAAAGGAUACUGAUAUAAGUUCCUUUAGUACAUUUUAAAUGCUAUAAUUUAGAAAAAUUUAAUGUACACAAUUUUAGUAAUUUUCAUUAAGUGUGCGUUCUUUUGCUAUGUAAAUUAUAUUGUUUGUCUUAUUUAAUAAAAAGUGAACAAAGAUAAUUUGAAAAAUAA